AUGGCUGAGAUUUACACAGUAGAACCAGGCGUUCCGGUGUAUGGAGGUUUGGUGUGGACCUUGGUGGCGACCUUGAUAGGGACCUUGGCGACAUUGGCUACUUCAAGUUUUCUCACCGAUUGCCUUUUCGGAUGGGUGAUGUUCGUCUCCGUCUUCUGCUUUGUAUUCACAACGCUCUGGAUCCUACUCUUCCUUUGUGGAUGCAAUCAGAGCAGCAUCUGGCCUACCCUGGAUGUAUUUUAUCAUUUUGUGGCAGUGCUUUUCUACCUCAGUGCAUCAGUGAUUCUGGCAUACUUCACUAUCGGGAUUGGAUUGGGGCCAUCUAAUGUUGUUAUUCUCAAAAUCUAUCGACUGGCAAUCUCUGCAGUGGUGAUGUCCUUUUUAGCCACUCUUUUCUAUUUCCUUCAUGCCAUUUUCUCUGCCAUCCGAUGGAAGAGGUCCUAAGACAACCAUCAACCAAACCAGUCAUUGAAGUAAACAUGGAAUUGCUUUUGGGUUUUUUUGUCCUUUUUAUUUUCAUGUCAGAAAGAGUAACAGUGCUAAAACAUCAAAUAAGUGGAUGAAUGGAAAAUAAGAAAGUUACUGAUGAAUGUUACUUGUUUACUGCUCUGGUUAGUUAAAUAGCUAUAAUGUGUCUUCUUUUUUUUAAAGGCUAUGUUUUGAUAUAACCUACAGAUGAAAACUUUCCCUGAUAAAUUGUUAGAUUUUUUUUAAAGGAACUUCCAAAAAAUUUGAUGAUGUAAAUAAGAGAUUUUGCUUCACAAGUAUUUUUGAAAUUAGUGAUAUGUAAAUUAACAAAUUGGACAUUGAAACAUCCUGAUUUCUCUGGUUGUUCAGAUGUUUAAAGAACCAACAAGUUGAGUAAAGACAAUAUUGACAUAAAACUGUUAUGUGUU